ACGCGCUCUCUGUCAACACGCGCGCCUAUCGAUUGACAGCAGUUUGAAUAUCGAACGAUUUCAAAUUGACACUUCUUUUUUUUAUCGUGGACUAGUUUUUCAGGCGUAGGUAGUUGUACUAUCGUGUGUAUCUGUGGUGUUUUUGGAAAUAUAAUCAGUGCUGUGAUGUGUGUGUUUACGGCUUUUUGGAAAGCGGCAUGAAGUGUUUUUCAGAAUUUAUUUCAGACACGUCGCAAAGUGUUGAGCGGUUAAAACGCGCGCAAUUAACAAGGAGCGCGAUGUGGCGACGCUGGUAGAGGGCCGGAGGGCGGCCGGACGGGGCUCGCGCGCGCCCCUCCGCCCGCCUACCCCCCGUAGCGGCACGCGCUACUAUGCUCAUGGCAAGCGCCCUGACCACUUUGCUCGCGGUGCUGUGCGGGGCAGUGGCGGGCGCAGGCGACGUGAUGGGCAACGCGAGCCGCGUGCGCCGCGCUCCACAUGCGCACCGCGUGCUGACGGACGAGGAACUAGACGCGACGGCGGCGUGGAAACGCUCGCACUGGCGCGAAAUGCAAACAAUCUUAAGGAAGGAAGGUUCCAAUCGGGACGUCGAGUGCUGUCCCUCGAUACCAGAAAUGGUCGCCAAGAAAGGCGGCCGAACCCCCACCGGCCUCUAUGUAGAACUUUACGAGGACGGUGAGAAUAAACAAAGGCUCUAUGAGCUGUCCUGCGCCCCUGGCGUAGUUGACAAACCUUGCCGGUUCGUCGACGCAAGGCUUUACAACCAAUCCAAGUGCGUUCAGAAGUACUCCUACUCCUACGCCCUGGUUAGGUACUCCUCAGCCACCGAAAUGCCUCUAGGGCAUCGGCCGGAAGGACACUUUUCUGUGCCAGGUUCCGGGGGUUGGUCCAUGGACUAUGUUAUAGUGCGUGCGGGUUGUGAGUGUCAAAUUACGCCGCCGAAAAGAAAAAGUGCCCAUAGGAAGAGAAUGGAGAGACAUAGGCAGAGGAAGAGGAACAGACGGUUAGAAGAGGACGACGAUACUUGACGUGUUUAGUGUCUAUCCAGUGGACUUUGAACAAAUUGCGGAAUUCCCGAACUUAGUUUUUAAUAGGUCAGCCGUGGCAUCUGAAUCAUGUGACCACUUCAGUUAAAUUCAAAUUCCUCAGUGCAGUCAACGACUCCCAUUUUAUUAUAAUGGUCCACCAUAUCGAAUAAGUGUUAAUAAUUUCAUUAGUUUUUGCAGACUAACUUUAGUAAUUGUUAAACUACAAUUGUGGACAAAAUUCUCAAAUAGAUACAAAUGCCGCUUGAAAAUACACUGCAAAAGGUUCAAUGUUUCAAUAAAAACAACGAUCAAAAUCAGUAUUAACAACAUAUUACGUAUUAAAUUUUAAAAAAAUACUUAUUGUACUUUAUUUUUCAGUGGUUUCAUAUUAUUACAACCAUGCAUUCAAUAAUUAUUACUAAGGAAAAAUUCAAUACAAUAUGUUAUCUUCAUAAACACACAUUUAAAAGUUUCGAGAGGUUUGAGGCUCAAACAUCCUUACUGAUCGUUUUACGCCCGAAUACUUUCAAGAACAUCCUUAGUCACAUCCGAUGCUGCGGCUGCUUAGCCUUAACGAAUGUUACCGAUGCGACCGAGUGAGCUUGGUCGUUUACAUUUAUCGGUAGUAUUGACUAUUGCGAUGUAUUUAUUUUGGAUAUUUUCGUCUAUUUAAUACGCUUCUUGUCUUGUGGAUUUACCUAUGGUAUUACGAAAUAGUGCCUUCACUUUGUGCCUUAUCUACUAUUAGCAUUUGCGAGAACGUGAAUAUAAGCUUAAGAAUUUUGUAAUCUGCCACAUCUAAUAUUUCACAUACAUGAACAUUAAGAUUGUGUAAUAUUAUUUCAUAUUUGUGUAGUAGCUGCAACUGUAAAUUGUUUUAAAAAUGAGCAACGUGAAAUUUAUUUAAAAAUAGAAUAUUUUGAAAGCAUGCUGUACUGCAAUAACUAAACUCUAUAUUGGCAAACUAAUAAGGGUAAUUUAUAAUAUUGCAUAAUAAAUACUUAUUUUGAAUAUUAGGCCAUUUUUAAAGAGAUUGCAAUAAAGGAUUGAAAAUUAAGACACCCUUGGCUAAAAUUUUGUUGUAGUCUAAUGUUGAUAAAUUUCUCAUAAGCUAAAACUAAGCAUCGAUACUGACUCUAGAUAAAAUCAGAGAAAAUGUUGUCCUUGAAACCUUAAUAUAUAUUAUAUUAAAUAAAGUUACCGAGAUAUUACAAUUAUUUAAGUACUAUCUAGGCACACAGCGUAUUCUAAAGUGGCCACUACGCUGAACAAAGAUUAGACAAACUUGGUGAUAAAUUAUUAUCACAACAUUAAUUAUUAUUUCAUUCAUUUUUGAAAAGCAUUAUAGCAAAUUGAUUGAUAAAAUAAAAAUAAUUUUGCAGUCGGAUUGUAUAAGACAGAAAUGAGGAUCGAAUGAUCAAAUUGUGUAAUUUUAGAGAUUUAUAUCGAUAAUUAUUUAUAAUUUAAUA